ACAUUUAUCUAUAUAUCUGUAAAGAUCUUACCUUGAUUGGGAGUCAACAGGCAGAGUUUAAAGCACCCUUUGAAAUUUUACACCAGCCAAGGGGACUCAAGGCAGAAAUCCCCAAGGCGGUGAAACAGUGCACUAGCGGUGAUAAUAACCAGUACUUCCAGGAACGAGGUACAG